AUGAUUUUCGAUAGGGUUGUCACGGAGUUCAUGGUGUUCGGCAUCGUUGCCAUUACGAUCUUCGUCGGAACGAAUCUAGAUCCGGACCUCGAUGAGAAGUUUCCGUAUUGCGUCACGCACCUCACUUACGCUGACGUGUUGGUGUCGUUCGUUGCGUGUUCUUUGAUCGGAUUGGGCGCACUUUAUGCGUGGAUGCGAACCCGCACAUCGGAGCAUCUGCAGGGGUUUGAUGGAGACACCGACAGUGCGAUUCCGAAGAUGGGAACUUGGAAACCCAUGAGCGUCAAGCAGCAGGGUGUCUUCUUGGAGCGAAAUAAAUUGACGACAGAUUCGUUCAAUUGGAACAUGUACUUCCAGGAGUCCCUCGCUCACCAGAUCUGCGAUCUUAUCAACAUUACCUGGGUAACCUGGCUUGUUUCGUUCAUCUUCCUCCUCCCGAUGGUUGUCUACAAAGGCUUUAUUGCUGCAGACGCGGCCAAGACUCCAGCAUACAUCAACGGCUUCCUCUUCACGACCUGGAUUGUCUGUUCACGUUGGCCACUGUGGUGA